UCUCAGAACAUCAGACGCUUGUGCAAGUGCUGAAUGCUUCCGAGAUGAGGUAUCUGCUGCUUUCUCUCCUGAUCCUGGCCCUCUUGAGGACCUUCUGCGAGGCUCGGUGCUGGAGAAAACCCGUAGGCAAAAAUGGUUGCAUUAAACAUGGAAAGUUACACCAGGUUCACACUGUAUGGAGAACGAACGAUUGCGAAAGAUGCGAGUGCAAACCAGAAGAACUGGUUUGCUGCAGCCAAGUGUUCACGCCUACCAACUACGACAAGAAGAAAUGUGUUCCCAUGUUCCACAAGCCCUCCUGCUCGAUCCACGUAGUGAAGAAAAACAACCCUUUGGAGUUCUGCAAGGUCUUUGCUGGGGUCGGUUAGCACAUGGCUGUGGGUUUCUGUAUCUUCACAGGGCCAGGAUGAUGGUGAAGGCCCUAGAGUGAAAGAGUUCUUCAGCGGUAGUUGUGGAAUCACAGGUCAAUCCACUCCUUCCACCCAAAUAAUCUUCCGUGUUACCAUUUCUGACAGUCUGUAUGACUAAAGAUGGGUUCACCCCGUUUACCCAAUUAUCGUUGGAGUUAUCGCUAGAUGGCUUUCUCCCUCAGAUGAGUGGAUCUGCUGUCAUGGAUCACCCAAUCUUUUCUCCUCAGCCAGUUACCAAGUUAUGAAAACAACCCAUUCGUUCAUCUGAAAUCAUUGGACUAUUUAACCGCAACUUGUGCAACCACGUACAUGUUUGUUGU